GCUUUCGUUUCGAAGAAAAUUGUGACACACCUGUCCAACCUUUCAUGCUUUCGCGGCUCGUCUCGAUCCGAUUAAAAGUGUCCGUUAUUCGUCAACUUCCUGCGAAUCGGAGCCAGGUGGUUCGAGUUCGUCGCGGAAAUUCGUGGGAAAGUAGCGUGGCAGGGGGCAGGGGCUGAAUUUCAGCUGGUCAGAUGCAAGCCUGACGUUUUCCGUCUCGUCAGCGUCGGCUGGCCGACCCCAUGGCCGGUAUAAAAAGGGGGGACAAGGUCAGGCCAGCGGACAGAAGUCUCUGAGCUGUCAGAGGAGUCGGACGUGCGCGCACAUUGCUACGCCAGUGAAUUUGCCUCGUGUUUUCUUUUGUUUGUCUCUCGUGACGCCGCAAACGGAAACGUUAGAAUAAUGGCACCAUUGAAGGAGAAACUGUUGAGCACGGUGAUAGAACCGGUCCCAGUCGGCAGGAACAAGAUCACCAUAGUCGGUGUUGGCCAGGUCGGAAUGGCGUGCGCCUUCAGCAUCCUGACGAACAACGUUUCUAGCGACGUGGUUCUCGUCGAUGUUAUGGCGGACAAGCUAAAAGGGGAGAUGAUGGAUUUACAGCACGGCAGCGCGUUCUUGAAAAACGCGAAAAUUAAUGCCAGCACCGAUUACGCCAGCACCGCGAACUCUAGCCUUUGCAUAGUGACAGCCGGCGCUCGACAGAGGGAAGGUGAAACUAGGCUGGACCUGGUUCAACGGAACACAGACAUCUUUAAAGGCAUCAUUCCGCAGCUGGUCAAAUAUAGCCCGAACACGAUCCUCUUGAUCGUCUCGAACCCGGUGGACAUUCUGACUUACGUUGCAUGGAAGCUAUCCGGGCUGCCGAAGAACCGCGUAAUCGGGAGCGGAACGAAUCUCGAUUCCGCCAGGUUCCGGUUCCUUUUGUCGCAGAAAUUAAACGUCGCGCCUACAUCCUGCCACGGCUGGAUUAUCGGGGAGCACGGCGACACGAGCGUACCGGUAUGGUCGGGAGUGAACGUAGCCGGUGUGAGGUUGCGUGAUCUGAACGAGGACGUCGGUACCGACAAGGACACCGAGAAAUGGAGCGAUUUGCAUAAGCAAGUGGUCGACAGUGCGUACGAAGUGAUCAAACUGAAAGGGUACACGUCGUGGGCUAUCGGACUUAGCGUUUCGCACCUCGCCUCGGCCAUACUGCGAAACUCGAACCAAGUUCACGCGGUGUCCACGUUAGUUACCGGGUUCCACGGAGUCGACGAAGAAGUGUUCCUGUCUUUACCGUGCGCUUUGGGAGAAGGAGGAGUGACUUGCAUAGUGCAACAAAAGUUGACGGAGAACGAGCUCAGUCUUUUGCACAAAUCGGCGAAGACGAUGCACGAAGUUCAGAAAGACUUAAAAUUCUAGACAAUUCACCGUUCUUUCGGCGUGUUAGCACAAUUUAACUGUCUAGGUAAAUUUAACGCAUCGUUUGUUCCUCAUCCAUUAUCAAACAAACGUUCUUUCGUCGAGCCAGUAUCUUUUACUUCUACUUACAUUUUCGUUACUUAAUUAUUUUAUAACACUUAACUAUAUUUAUAACGUGAAAUGUGUUUCGACAGCCUCAGCGCGGUCGGGUCGCAUAUAGAUCGAUGAUGUGUCUCUAUGUGUGCGUGUGGGUGUGUAACUAUAAAGUAUUUUACCGGUGUGAAUUUUCGUCGAGGAGCUCUUGAUUUCGUUGGAGAUUACUUGGCUUCCCGGUGAUUUAACAAACAGUAUUCUAGUGUCACUGAUGUACACAGCUGUUAUUUAAUAACGUACGAUAUUUAACUAAAUCGACGUACGAAAGGGUAUCGUACGAGAAUAAUUGUAUAUCGAUCGAAAAUCAUUUAGAAUCAAUUAAAAACCAUUCUUUGUGUUGUGUAGCGUAACAUUUAACAAAGCAAUACAAACUUAUUUAUGUUUAACUUUAAGGGGUUCGACCUGUGCAGCACUUAGCAUCGAUAAAUAUAUACAUAUUAUUCUCGUACGUUCCCAGUACAAAAAGCACAAUGUCCUAACAUUUCCUGUUACCGA